GUCAGCUGACCUGCCUCUGUUUGCAAACACCACCGUCCCGCGGCUCCUCACUGACUCGUGUCGCUCUGCGCUCCUCCACGAUGGGGGGACUGGACGACGACAUCAUCGUCGAGGAGGAGUCGGAGAAGCGGAGCCGCGCCGCCUCGCCCUGCGGCCACCCGGAGGACCUUUACGGCACUCAGUCCUCGCACCGGCUGCUGGCCUACAGCGACGCUCUCAUCUCCAUCAUAGCAACCGUCAUGAUCCUGCCUGUGGCCCACACCAAAGUGACCAACGAGGAGGUUGUAAGCCUUGCUGUUUUCCAGGAACUGACCCAGAGUGUCCAGCUCCUGCUGACCACCAAGAUCGCCGUCUACCUGGUGACCUUCCUGAUCGUGACGGUGGCCUGGGCAGCUCACAUCAGGUUGUUCCAGGUGAUCGUCCGAAUCGAUGACUGUCUGGCGCUGCUCAACCUGGCCUGCAUGAUGCUGAUCACCUUCCUGCCGUACACGUUCUCCCUGAUGGCGACAUUUCCUGCCAACGUCCUGGGCAUCCUGCUCUUCUGUGGCUGUGUGAUGGUGAUCGGAGUCAUUCAGUCGGUGAUCGUGCUCUACGCCUUCAGCCGUCCCUUCCUGCUCAACCAUCAGAUCCAGAUCUCAGAGAACCCGACCCUCUACAGAAGCCACAUCCUCAAAGUCAUCAUGAGGGUUCCGCUCAUCUGUCUGAUGGCCGGCGUGUGCUCCUUCAUCUUGUUCCAGCUGUCGUACGUGCUUCUGGCCGUCGUCAUCUUCCUGCCGUACAUCUCUCAAAGCAUCGCCUGGUGUCGCAGCAAAGCCUUUGGUCAGACGGAGGAAAGUCCAGACUCCAUGGUGUUCUACUCCCUGCUGCCCAGCGAGCCUCUGAGCAAAGAGAGAGUGGAGGCUUUCAGUGAUGGAGUCUACGCCAUCGUGGCCACGCUGCUCAUCCUGGACAUCUGCGAAGACAACGUCCCAGACCCUGCCGUGGUCCAGGAACAGUUUGGCGGGAGUCUCAUCGAGGCUCUGAAGGUCUACGGUCCAGAGUACCUGGCCUACUUUGGCUCCUUCGCCACUGUUGGCCUCCUCUGGUUCGUCCACCACUCUCUCUUCCUGCACAUCACCAAGGCCACGCGCCUCAUGGGUCUGCUCAACACCCUGUCGCUGGCGUUUGUCGGCGGUUUGCCCUUGGCGUAUCAGCUGACGCACGAGUUCCCGCGCAACUCCCGCAACGAGCUGGAGGCCAUUCAGAUCAGCUGCGUCAUCAUUUUCUUUGCAGGGAUUUUCCAGCUCACCAUCUGGGUGGCGGCGCUGCACAGCGAGCGGGAAACCCUGCACCCGCGCGUCAGAUACAGCGGCUGCGAGCACGUCUUCAUGCUCGCCAAGCUGUCCUUGUACCCCUGCGUCACUCUGGGGACCUUUUUCCUCACGUGCGUGCUGAGUCGCUUCAGCGCCUCCAUCUUCCACCUGAUGGAGAUCACAGUGCCCGUCGCCUUCCUGGUGCUGCGGCUCCUGGUGCGCUUUGCUUUGGCCUUGCUGCGCCUGCUUUUUCGCCCGAACCCGCCAGAUCCAGGCAGAGUUGUGGAAGAAGACGCCACCGUGCCCUUCAACCCUCUAGCCACCGAGUGACACCAGUCAUGUUGGGCCGUGGGCAGAGCCUCACAUUGCCUCUCCGUCCUGCCAGCUUGCUGGUCAUGUGCUGCAGAAAUUAAUUUGUCCACUAUUAGCUUCAGCUCCUGCUGCAUUGCUUCUCCUGACGAUCUCAUGCAUUGCCACUGGUGGCCAGUAGAGGACAGUGUUGUCAGUAUUGAGUUGAUCAAGUGGAAGAAUUGAACAUGAAGUUGCCGUCAUCCACCAUGAAAAGCAGCUGGAAAAACGGAGACUGUCCCUGGAGAUCAUGGUGACCUGGUGUGAGAUGUGAAUCUGCCACCAUGAUCAUGUCGUUACAUCCGUCCAUCUGUCAGACGAAUGUUGUUCAGAGGCUCUUAAAAUUAUCUCCUGGUCAGGAAAAUUUUCGGACGCAUUCAAACUCGUAACUUUGCACUGUCAAACUAUCUAAUAUAUAUAUAUAUAUGAUAUAUAUGAUAUAUAUCAUAUAUAUAAUUUUUUUUGGGUGAGGGGAAACAGUUAAAUGAAGAUGAUCUAGUUUUAUUGAUGAUCGUGUUUUGUACGAGAAAGCGACAUGGGUUUUGAAUCCCAAAAUAAAUUGUUCGCUUGUUCGAGGCUUGUUCGGAGUAUAUGUAGUUCUUCUACCAGAGGGAGUCACUGUUGUUAGUCAAGUCAUGCCUCUUUCUUUAUGUUGACAUGAAUUUAAAGUAUGAUGCACUUUAACUGUUGUUUCCAGUCUUCACUAUUUAAAAUAAAUGUUUUUUCGAGAGCUGGUUGACAUUUUUCA